UGGAGUAGUUCUCUUGAACUAAAUUAAAUGUCUUGACUUUUCCCAGAACAUGCAACGAUAAACUCUUGGCAUUUAAUUCCACGACUUGGUGAUUGUAAACAUCUAAUGACUUUUUUCCCCACAGUGCUUUUUUUUUUCUUUAAUGCUUUCUGUUUUUUAAGAUACAGGGAAGAUUUAGGCUUGCUCUCAUGUCCUGCUGGGAAAUCAGUUGAGACUUUCAAUUUUGGGCUGUUUCAAUAGCUGUUGUAGCUUAGGAGACUGGAAUACCAUAAUUUGCGUGGAGUAAAAACAUCACAGGAUAGUUGGGCCUAUUUCUGUCGUACCAUUCAUUCUGUGAUUUUGAAUGCUUUACCUACUUAUAACCACCUGAUCCUUUACAAAAUCUCUUCAUUGUACAUCAGUGGUUUAAACAAUAACCUUUUGAAAGAUACUGAGCUUUAAACCCCCAAUUCUUCCAAAAUUACUUCAAAUGUUUCUUAAAAGUGCUACCGCUUGCCUUUUGUUAUCCCCCCCCAAUCUAUCAAUAUUGUUGGAGUGCAUCUCUAAAUCAGAUAAAAUUCUCAGUUGUAAAGCCCAUUCAAGACCAUACUGCUCCAAUAUUGGAGGCACGCUCCUAAAGUAUGUGACUAGAUGCACAAAAAUGCUUCGUUGAAUCACUGCUCUUGCUGUUCCAGCCUUCCUUGUGUUUGUCUCAGCAAUGUGUUGAUAGCUUUUCUGCACUUUCUCUUCUACUGAGUGGCACAUUAUUUCACUGUAACUGGCAUUGACUGAAUGUUCUUGGUUGAACUCGGGAUCCUAAUCAGUUAAUAGAGUAUAUCUUUAACUCUCCAUAAUUGAAGACCGUGAAGAUGCAUAGCUGAUCAGAUAACUGAACAGUGUUUAGGCACAAGGUCAGAAUAUUUCCAUGGUGCAAUAACAUUCUGUGCUGGAUACUAAACAUGUUGAAAUGCGGGGGAGGGGAUAGGAAAAUCAUCUAAUUAUACCACUUUAGAGAAGAUUUUGAAGGCAGUGAAGCGAAGAGUAGUUUCUUUGUGACUGGCUAAACCUUUGGAGGAAGUUAACUUGGAAGACAUCUGGAACUAGCAACUGAAAUCAUCGUCACAAACUUUUCUCUUGGAUCCUUUCGGGUCCAUUGCCUCCCGAUUGAACAGAUGGCUGCUUUAUGUAAUUAGUCCUUCUGUAGAUAGUUAUUUCAUGAAAUAACAAAAAAUCUAUUGAGGUUUAAUUUCAUUCUGCCCUACAACUACAUAAAGGAUUGCUAACCUUUUCAGGUUAGAGCGACUAAUCCUAAGAUUUUAAUAGGUUACAGAUUUUGAAGCGUCAAAGAUUAAACCCUGCAUUACCCCCACCGCCAUAAUUUCCUUUGGGUUGGCAUUGAUUAUAUCUUAAGCUAACCUGACCUGUUCCCAGAUGGUGAUCCUCUUCUGUACGUUAAACACCCACAAAGUGGACAUGCAGAAAUUGCUGGGAGGCCAGAUCGGACUGGAAGACUUUAUCUUUGCGCACGUAAGGGGACAAUUGAAAGAAGUGGAGGUGACGAAAUCAGAAGAUGCUCUCGGACUGACCAUCACCGACAAUGGCACGGGUUACGCUUUCAUCAAGAGGAUAAAGGAAGGCAGCACCAUUGACAGGAUCAAGAUGGUUUGCGUCGGCGAUCACAUAGAAGCAAUAAACAAUCGGAGUAUGGUGGGAUGUCGUCACUACGAAGUUGCCAAGAUGUUGAAAGAUUUGCCCAAAGGUCAGCCCUUUGCACUCGGAUUAGUGGAACCGAGGAAAGCAUUCGAUAUGAUCGCUCGACGGACCAAGUCUGGCAAGUCCACAGGCGAAGCGAAAGUCGGAAGUGGAAGAGAAACACUGCGUUUAAGGGCAAAAGGGCCUGCGACCGUGGAGGAGGCUCCAACAGAGUUCGAGGAACGAGCAACGAAGAAAAUAGAUGAUCUGUUGGAAAACUACAUGGGCAUCAGGGACGCUGAGUUAGCCGCGACAAUGGUGGAAACCGGGAAAGACAAGAAAAACCCGGAUGAAUUUGCCGAAGCGUUGGACUCAGUCCUCGGGGAUUUCGCAUUUCCAGAUGAAUUUGUCUUUGACGUUUGGGGAGCAAUAGGAGAUGCCAAAAACGGUCGGUUCUAACCUAAGUGAGUCUCCCUGUGCGAAUGAUAUUCAACCAGCUUUGACCGACUUCCUAUGGAUGUAGUUUAAGUUGUACUUAUUCAUUUAACUAGUUACUUCUCUGGAAACUAUGUACAUUGAAGCAAAAUCAAGAGCUUAUAUUUCAAACAAGCAGGUGUCUUGUUACCAUCACUGUACGAUUUAGCAGCAAUUGAAAAAGGAAUAACGGUAAAGAAUGAUACAGUAAAACUCACAUAAGUGGUAAUCAGUCGG